AUGAUGGAUCCCACGAGCGCCGAAUAUGCACAGCAGACUAAGGGCCCUCGGAUUCUAGGUGUUUUCUGGGCCUUCUUCAGUAACGCUGGCCUCGAUGACUAUAUCAUCGUGGCGGCCAUGGUCAUGGUGACCAGUUAUACAAUCCUGACCACCGUAAAUGUCGUUCGAGGCUACGGGAGCCAUACCGCUGUAUUGAGGGAACGAGGUGGCAUGGACUUGGUCGAAAACAUCCUGGUCGUGAAUUAUGCAGAUUUCGCCCUAGGAAUCAUGUCGUUUACAACUCCGAAGCUCGCCAUUGCCGCUCUAUUGAAUCGCAUCAUGAACCCCAGCCGGUUGCAUAAAAUAGUGUUGUGGGUGACGACGGCGUCGGUAUUCGUGGCAUCGACCAUCUGCAUCAUCGUGCUGUUCACCAUGUGUGACCCUCCCGAGGCUCUGUGGAAAGUUCAUCUUUUGAGUGAAGGAGCGAAAUGCCGUCCAACCAAAUACUUGGUGGGCUAUGCGAUCUUUACUGGAGCUCUGUCCGCGGUUGUCGAUCUAUAUCUUGCCAUCUAUCCGACCGUGAUAUUAAUGAAACUUCAAAUGUCCCUGAAGAAAAAAGUGGCGCUAUGUGCAGCUCUGGGGCUAGGUGCUAUCGCCUGCGCAAUGGCUAUUGUCAAGUGUCUCCAGCUACCAGGUCUAUAUAACACGGAAGACUCAACAUACGCAACAGCAGAUCUCGUUAUCUGGACGAGUGUCGAGUCAAACAUCAUCAUAAUGGCCUCUUGCAUCCCAACAUUGGGUCCGAUAUACGAAAUGAUCCGGGGAAAGCGCUCCUGGAGCUCCCAUGAACGAUACGACAACGGCAGGCUGCGCUCCUAUACCACGGAGAGACCGACCAAGAAAUCGACGAUUGCCCGCGGGGACGAGGAUGAUAUUCUUAAUACCACCAAUAUUGAAACGACGAGGAGCGGCAGCCAGGAGAGCAUUUUGAAUUCGGAUGAGCUUCAGAGGAAUGCCUAUGCCCUUGGCAAGAUUCAUCGUACUGAUCAGGUUAAGAUUGAGUAUGGGACAAGAGAGCAAUGGCCAUGA